AUGGCUUCUUGCCCUACUUGGAUCGCUUCCUCGAGAUCUGCCAUCUUUGUAGUCCGUGAGUAUCUGUGGCCUAGAGAACUGGUUGUCCUGGAUCACUGGGACUGCUAUCUCGAUGCCUAUUGGCUGCCGCGCGUACGCUGGUCCCAGACGUUUGUUCAUGUUCGUGCACCUGCCAGAAAGUCGGAAUUGUCUGCUCGUCGUCCGGAAUCGAGGCUACAGAUUCUGAUCGCCGCCUACGACGACGUCAUGUCGGCUGUCUGUCGCGGGUACGAAAACAAAAAGCAGGAGAAGGCCAAAGCCAGGACACCAUUGCCGACCGGCCGCAACAAGAAGAUCGACAAUACCGCCGAGUGCGACGAAUGGGAGCGCUACUUCGGCAUCGCCACCCACGCGGCCCAGGUCAAGUCUAACUGUCUCGUCGCCCUGAAGGCCGUGGCCCUUCGCUGGGGUCGCGAAGUCGUGCUGCACUAUGACUGGGCAUCCAAUGGCCCGAAUUUCUGCAAUCUGCCUUAG